UAUUCCAGCAGGAUACCUCCUGGAAUUGCAUUUUAACGUGUUACAGGUUAUUUUGUUGCAAAUGGCAGCGCAGUAUAUGACUCUACAGUGAGCUUAAGAGGUGUUGAGUGUAACGGGUCCUCCCCUAAGUAGCGGAUGGUUUGACCCAGAUCCCUGGAACACUGAACACUGUGUUGCCACAUCACUGCCGGGUUAGAUAGUUGCGAACAGCGGUUUCCCGUCCUGGUGACAUUGUAUCCGGAAAACCCAAAAAGCGGGACGUGAUUUAAUCAGUUUUAUAGAGAAUCUCCUGCAGCCUGCCCCGCUACUCGUCAACUGCUGCUUUGUUUGAUACUCAAUGGGCGGUACCUCCAGUCUGAUAUUAAAUUGCCCUCUUCUCCACCACUGACUGGGAACAGCAGACAAGACGAUGAUGACGGUGUGACAUGGUUCUUCCUCUGGCCGAAGGCUCCGGAGCAAAUGAAGCGGUAUUCUCGUACCGUAUGCAGUAUUUUCUUCGGCAAGAAGAUAUUCUAGAAAUGUAUCAAGAACAAAGCGGAUUGGUGUUCAUUCAGCGACCCCAGGAAUUUUUAUAGAUCACAAUGACACUUGCUGGCUUUGCCCAUCGACAUAAUCUCUGAAUUCAAAUCCUUUGGAGAAUGGAGGUGGAACACAGUCCGAACCACCGCCCGCUUUUUGAUUCACCUGUAAUUGCAUUUAAUGAGGAAUGCGUUUAAACUGGAGACAAAGAAAACCCGGAUCAAUGAAUUAUAUGAUGUAUUGAUUUUAAUUGUUAAUUUAUUGCAGAGUAUUUAUGUUUAUGGAAGAUAAUUUUUUAAACCGCGAAUUUUGCAUCGAGAUGUGUGGUGGCACGGCUGUGCUACACCCUGAAAUCGUCUAGAUAGCGCCUGAACCGUUAUUUAUCUGAAUUGGCGGCAGAUAGGGAAUCAUUAACCGAAAUGAAUGGCUGGCAACAGCAUCAAACCCAGCCAUACUGGAAAGGAGCUUGCGUAAUUUCAGUGCUUUGAUUACAAGCAGUGAUUAUAGGUUGACUUCCUGCUGGCCUAGUUAUUUGAAUCUUAGGUGUUGAAACAUUACUUUCUCUUGUUCUAAACCAUUGACUUUUUAAUUAUUAUUGAGAAGCCAAGGUGAAAGGUCAAAGCCCACAAAUAGGAUUGACCAACGUUGUGACAUUUCUAUUUACAUUUUAACAUGAUGGCUGGUUGACCUUGUGCAUUUUAUCGUUUUUAAUGCAGUCAACUCCAUGCUGGAAAAUGAAGGAGGUUUGUAGAAUCUGUGCCCGGGAGCUGUGUGGUAACCAGCGACGAUGGAUCUUUCACACAGCUUCCAAACUGAACCUACAGGUUAUCCUAUCCCACAUACUGGGCAAAGAGGUAUCCCGAGAUGGGAAAGCAGAGUUUGCUUGUAGCAAAUGUGCUUUCAUGUUAGACCGUAUCUACAGGUUUGACACAGUUAUUGCAAGAAUUGAGGCACUAUCUAUUGAGCGUUUGCAGAAGCUGCUUGUAGAGAAGGAUCGUAUCAAGCACUGUAUAGCUAGUCUCUUUCGUAAAAAUAAUGAGGAGCCAAGCAAUGACAGCAAGGGGGAGGACAUCGUGGCAGAUGGCUCCAAUCUACCUGAUGUUCGGUACCAUGCACUGCUUCAGGAUGACUUUGUCUAUUCCGGAUUUGAAUCAUGGACUGAACAAGGGGAGGAGGCCAUGGAAACUCACAGCUGCCAGACUUCAGAGACCUCAAGCUACAAAUCCCGGAAGUGUCGCAGCUGUUCAGCCUUGCGUGUGACUGAUGCAGAUUACGAGGCAGUUUGUAGAGUACCCCGGAAGUUAGCAAAGACUGUUUCUGGUGAUCCGUCCAUCAGGUGUGGAAGUAAUGUGGUGGGCAGUAUAACUGCUGAGGAAGGAGUCACAAUGCCAGUCAUACACGAGACUGUGUCCAUUGGGCAGUGUGAGUCUAGGACUUCUGUCUAUGCUGACUCUCUGGAUAAAAUGUCUCCAGCCUCUUCCGUCGAAUCUCUUGGUGCUGUAGUGGAGCCUUCUGCACCCAUCAGAGAAGUGGCACAAGUAGAAAAAAGUGCCAAAGAUGACAAAAGUCCCAAAUCAGAUUUUUCUGAUGGCCAAGCAACCUACCCUUUGUUGCACAGCCAAAAGCUGGACUUUGUACUUAACUUAGUGAAGAAUGUUGAAUACAGGCCAGUUUCGAGCCCAAAAGGCAGCAAAUUGCCGAUUCCACUCAGGCCCACUCCUUUGGGCUCUCAGUCAAGUGGCAGUUUGGGCGAUGGGAUUUCCAGGUCUGAUCUACAGAACAAUGGCCACGAAUUUGCUGGCAGAUACAUAGAACCUCCCAGGAUGCACCUUAACUUUGAUGAUAUGGCAGACCUUGACGACCUCCUUCAGGACAUGCUUGAUGAAUAUAUUCCAAUUUGCACCCAGAACCUGAUUGAGGAGCAGCAGCAGCAGUUGAACCAGUAUGAGUCAGCAGCUGGACAGUGCGUUACUGAACUGCAGAAAGCCCAGGUCCAAGUACAUGGGUUGCAGGGCAGAAUCCAGGAGACAGAGUCUGCUAACAAGAUGCUGCAGGAGAAUCUAAGAGAAAUGGAAAGUGAACUAAGGGCGAUGCGCUACACAGCACAGAAGCAGGACCGAACCCAGUUGGAACUGAAGGAGGCUUUGGAAAACAAGGAGAAGGAGGUUGAAGAGCUUUAUCGUGUCAUCGAUGGCCAGAAUGAGACUCAGGCCAAACUGAGGGAGAUGCUUCACAGAAGUCAGCUUGAAGACCUGAAGCGUUGUGCAUCCUGUCAGAGUAUUAGUGGACAGCCGGUACCACCACAUGCCCAACAACAAGCUGAGCUGCUAGAACUUCAAAGCACCUCCUUUUCCAAUCAGCUGGAAUUGCAGCGAGUGCAGAGGCUAAUACGCCAGAAGGAGUACGAGCUGACUAAAGACAGACGGAGAAAAGAACUGAUCGAGUCUGAACUGGAGGAGGUGCAUCAGCAGAAGGAAGCUACCAUCAAGCACAAUCAAGAGCUGCUCAACACACUGCAACAGGUCCGGCAGGAGCUCCUGGAGAAGGAGCAGCACUAUCAAGCCCUGGAGAGAGAACAUCAGCGUGAAGUCCAUGUCCAGGGGGAGAACAUCCAGUGCCUAAAAGAGAGAUUACAGGACAAAGAGCACUUCCUUCAGCAAUAUAUUGAACUCUUUGAAUGUCAGGAGAAUGGAGAACAAAAUGGAGAAGAAAGAGAUGCGCUGGUAGAUAAACUCCGAGAGCGUAUCAAAGAGAGAGAUAAAGCUUUGGAGCAUGCCAUUGAUGAGAAGUUCAGUACCUUGGAAGAAAAGGAGAGUGAAAUACAGCAGCUGCACCUGGCUCUACGUGAGAAAGAAAGAGAUCUGGAGAGAUUCCGCUGUAUCUUCUCCAAUAAUGAAGAGACUAUCAAUAGUCUAGAGAGCCUUAUGAAAGGGAAGGACCUGGAGUUAGAGCAGAUUACAAUGGCAUACAAGAAUCUGCAGUGGCUGAAGCAGGAGAUGGAGGAGAAACAUGCCCACUCCCUGAAAGAAAAGGACACAGUCAGCAGUCAGCUGCAGGCAGCACUGCACAACAGCAACAAGGAGCUCGAGGAUCUGACUGUAGUAUUGAUGAACAAGGUUAGCACUGGGUCUGACGAGGUGAUGGAACAGCUGAGGUGGCGGUUGCAGCUGAAGGAGCGAAUGCUGCAGGAAGCGCUAACAGACAGAAGCAUAUUGACAGCUGAUCACGAGCAAGAGGUAGCAGAGUUGCUGCAAACCAUCAACUCCCAUGAUCAGCAGAUGAAGGAUGCAGCAAAGAGGUUAAUGCAUACUCUUGCGGAGAAGAACCAUGAGCUUCAGACAUUGCGUCAUCAGCUGGCGGAGAAGAAUCGUGAAGCAGAAAAUUUCACUAAGCAGCACGUUUUCUUGUUGGAGGUGCCAACAGAAGUAGCCCGCCUCAAAGAACUUCUUCAGGAAAAGGAUCGAAUAAUCCACGAGCUGGUGCAGGAUGGUCAUAGUAAGAAUGAGCCCUCCCUCCAGCCUGAGAAAAUGGAAGCAUCUGAGCCCAUUGACAUCCAGCAGAAUGCAAACGAAAAGGAAGUAGUACAGACAGCCAUAGAUGGAGAUGAUGCAAUGACUGAUUCAGAACAAGAAGACAUCAGGCAGGUCGAGCUAGAACAAAUAAAAGAGGAACUGCAGCUUGUUUUGAGGAAAGAGAAAGAGACCACGCUUGAGCUGACCACACUGCAGUCUGUCCUCGCCAAUCAGGAAAGAGAGAUCCAGCGUCAGAUAGCCGAGAUCGAAGUUCUCUCAAGCAACAUUCGUGUCAAGGAGGAGUGCAUUAAGGACCUGCAGAUGCAGCUGGUUCAGCCAUGUGAAUUUCCAGAGGUGGAGAGGCUUACACAGGAGCUCCUGGUAUUGAGGGAGCAAGUGGCAAAAAUGCAAUCAUCUACACAGAAAAAUGUAGGAAAAAAACACCAUCAGGUAUAUGAGGUCUAUCAGCUGAUCUGUGCCCUUGAAGAGCAGAUCCAGGAGCAGUCCCGACUGAGCGAAGCUCUUCGAUCUGAACGACAACUCUACAUCAGCCUUGUUAAAUUCCACAGUCAAACUGACAGCUCCAGCAGAGAAGAUUCGCUGCAGGCCGAGCUUUUAGCUGUACAGGCACUCCGCAGACAACUGGAAGAAACCCUCAAGAGGAGCCAGGAGCACAUCAGCAGGCUAGAGAGGGAAUCUGAGAUGCCAGCAGAUUCUGGAGAGCGCCACAGGGAGAAUGCUGCAGAUGAUGGGAGCACUCAGUGUGCAGACAGUGCCCAUCAUAAUGUAUUGAAAGAACAUCUAACGCUUGUGGAGCAGAACCACCAGACUGCAGAGAGCCUGGGCGAGCUCCAAAAGUUCAACAUUGAAAUGCACGAAUUGAUGGAGCAGAAAAAACUGGUCGAAGAAGAACUGAAAGAGCUGAAGGCACAGAUUGAGGCAUCUGAAUACACCUCAGUGACUCAAAUGAGAAGUGCAUUACUUAAUCUGAGUUUAAAGAAUGCCCUGAAGAAAGAAGGUGUGGGAGAUGACCUGACGCUGCAGGCGUGGUCGAAGGAAGGAAAGGAGAACCUCAAUGUAUGGGGCCAGUGUGAGGAGAUCAGAAAAUUGACAGUGAAAUUACAAAACUCGGAGACCAUCAUCAGUCUUUUGAAAGAACAGCUGGAACUCAACUCAUCCCAGAUUGGAGAAGGGCGCUUUAAUCCAGAGCUCAUUGUAAAUAUGGCCAAAGAAAUUGAACGACUGAAAUCAGAGCUUAGCUUAUCCCAGACACAACACUCGAGCCGAACCGGGGUGCAUGUGCGUGACAGAGGGACUAAGCGGGCCAGACCCUAUUCACUGGACCUUGGAACUCUGUUGUCACAGGGCAAUGAAGAGACCCCAAGUGCGAUUGAUGCUGUUCAGCAGGUUACUUUGCAAGGUGUCAGCCCAUGGCAACAUGCAGAUGCCAGCCUGGGACAGCAAUCCAGACUCAGACAGCAGUCCAAUCAGCUUCAGACUGAACUAGCUGAAUACAGACAACAAAACAAGGAGUUACAGGAGAAGCUUGUCGUGACCGAGGCCACUGUCAAGGCUCAGGACAACCAGUUGCAACAAUACAAAGACUUACUCUCUGAAUCAUCGGUGGAACAGGACAGUAAACAGGUGCAAGUAGACCUGCAGGAUCUUGGUUAUGAGACUUGUGGAAGAAGUGAAAAUGAAGCUGAAAGAGAAGAGGCUAGUAGCCCAGAAUACAGUGAAGCUGACUUACACCUGUACCCAUGCUACAAGGAGAAUAUGAUCCAGCGACAUUCUUCCCUAGAGAAGCCAGGCUCCUCAACCUCCAACCCUGCCUUUUCUCUCCCACUGUCAAUCAAGUCCUGCCUCAGGAAGGGACUCACAUUUAAAAAUGGUGGGAAAUCUAAUGACGUUGCCAUGCUGCAGCAACAUGUCAACGAACUCAAAGAACAACUGACCGAAUCAGACAAGAUCAUCCGCAGCCUGCAGUCUCGUAUCCGCUCCUUCUCCACAACCAGUGAUUAUGCCUCCAGUCUAGAGAGGCCACAUGACGCUGCUCUUGGUGAUAUAUUUGAAGCAUUACAGUUUGAUGAGCUGUAUGACGAUGAUGUCUGGCAGUCUGAUGGAGGUGACCAUUGCCAAGCAACGACACAGUCCAACAUGGAAAUAAAGAAGCUCAUUCACAGGGUCACCAUGCUAGAAUCACAGCUAAUGAGUGCCAAAAUGACAGCUCCUUCAUCUAAAGGUGUCUCCUGGUCAGGGAAAUACGACUGCUUAAUCCAGGCCCAGGCGCGGGAGCUCUCCCACCUCCGUCAGAAGAUGCGUGAGGGCAGGGGUAUCUGCCACAUUCUGAAACAACAUCUGGGAGAUACCACCAAGUCCUUUGAGGAGUUGCUCAGAGCAAAUGAUAUUGAUUACUAUAUGGGGCAGAGCUUCCGAGAUCAGCUGGCACAGGGGAGUCAAUUGGCAGAGAGGAUCACUCAUAAACUAACUGGUCGAGACCCUUUGAACAUCAGUGACAAAGGAGACCAAGAGCUGCUUGUUGUCAGUGCCCGUAACCUGGAGAGGGAAAUUAUCUUACUUCGUAAACAGAUGGAGAAGGAGCGAAGCCUGCUACAUGGGCAGCUGAGAAAUUUAAGACAACAGCAGCAGAUCCUGGCUGCAAGCACCAGAGAGGAACUUGACAAACUGAGCAAAGAACUUCAGCAGAAGAACAAGCUCAUUGCGUCCCUCAGCUGCAAACUGCAGAGUCGAGCAGACACUCCCUCCAGCAGUCACGUUCUCUCAGACUCAGAGCAGUCUGACAGGGCAUCGUUUGUGUCAGAGGAACAGAAGUCGACCAAUGACGAUCUGGAAGUUUAUCAUUAUGAAGUUGACUCCAGCAGUGAGUACUCGCACAAUGGUCAGCAGAACGCAGAGCUUGAAACACAAACUACAGCAGAUGACCAGAGUCAUUGUGAAAAUCCAUCCCAACAUUCAUCUGCUUCAUCAUGUGAAAAUCAGCCAAAAGGCAGUGUCAGCAUCUCACCCUUACAGCAACCCUGCACAGACACCGUUAAGUCAGAAAAAGGCCUCUAUUCGAGCAGUGUGCCACCAAGCACUAAUGCCUCUCAUGCUUCAUAUUGUGCUGACUUUCCUUGUCAGUUCAGAAGCUUGCCCUUUGGCCCAGCUUAUCCCACAGCAUCAACAUUUUCCCUGGCCGAGGUCCAGCAGGAACUUCACAUGUUGCAGAGACAGCUGGGAGAAAGUAUGACCUUUUCUGGAACAGGCACUGGUAUGUCUUCACAUUUAGAACAGGUUGGCUGCGCCUCACAGUCCAACAAUGCACUUCACCAACAGCUGAGCAACACCAAUAAUCUACAGGAGGUCUUGCGAACCACCAAUAGUUAUCUGGACAACAAUGCACUCUGGGAAACAACUCAUCGACCAGUGAGAAUCAAUACACUCGGAGACGUGUCCUCUGGAUCAUCAGGGUACCAGUCAGGGACUAACAUGGCAGGUGCAGAGAUGUUGGAGGAGCAUCUUCGGGAAAUUCGCACCAUGCGGCAACGCCUAGAGGAAUCCAUCCACACGAACAACCGACUCAGGGAGCAGCUCGAAAUGCGCCUGGCUGCCGCAGCCAAAGAAAAUGCUGUUGCUCCAACUAACAUCUACAUUCAGGGACUGGAAACAAUGACUCAGCUGUCACAGGAGAACCGAAUGCUGAGGGAUGAGAUCCUGACUCUCCAGGCCCAGCUUACACAAGUGCCCAGGGAACAGGCCAAAGAAAUUGAGCAACUGAGGGAGAGCCUGUUAACAACCAGGGCUAGGUAUAAGCUCUUGGAGACAGAACUGGAUCAGUGGAGGGAAGAGAACAAUAACUUGCAGGCUGAAGUCAGGGACAGACAGGAGGAAGCAUUACAGCUGAGAGAAGAGCAGCAAUGCAGCCAAAACAAAAGCAAUAGGCUGUUACAGGAGAUCACUAUGCUCCAACAGCAGCUAAAUGAAAGUCACCAGCUACUUCAUUCUCUCCAGUCUGAGAUUCAAGUAUAUGAGAGGCUGUAUGGGAAAAAGAAACCUUUCCAAGUUUACUCAGGAAAUGUUCAGCACCAUGGUGGUGGAUCCUGCGCCUUUGACAUCAGUGACUUCCUGUCACAAAUCAGAGGCCUUCGCAUUCAGCUGGAGCACUGUAUUCACACUAAUGGCUGCCUACGGAAACAGCUGAAGGAAAAGAUGGAUGAACAUCGACCAUCCAGCCUCAAUAUCAAUCAUUUGACCUCGUCAUCCAGUGAACACAACAACAGUAAACAGGUGUUCCAGGAUUGUGUGCCAUCACCACCUGUUCGAGACACUGGCUUGUUUUCGCCAUUCCAGCUGCACCCAAAGACAACUUCCUCAAUGGAGGAUUUUAAUAUGGAAGACACAUCACAUCGACAUGAUGGUUAUCUCAGUGAUUCCAUGAGCCAGAUCUCCUGUUCUGUAAUAGAUGAUGCGAUUGCCAAGAAGAAUGGAUAUCAUGUGGUUGGACACAUUAAUGACUAUAAUGCGCUUCAGCAGCAGAUUAUGGAGGGCAGAAUAUUGGUUCAGAGGAUGGAGUCCAUCGUCCAAUCCUGUGUUAAUGCUGCUUUUUUGGAAAUCGAUGGGUCCAAGGAUUUGGAUCAUCAGACUGUAAAGCAGCUCUUCUCCAAUACCAAUACUUUGCGUCAGAUCUUGGAUGAAACUUGCUCCUUACUGAAGAUGUUCUGGAGAGCAGAUCUGCCAAAUCCAGAUAGUGCUAUGCAGAAUAAUCAAAAGGAGCAGUCAAUGAAAGAAGAGAUUUGCAGGCUGAGGAAUAAGAUAACAGAACAGGAGAGCCUGCUGCAGAAUGCAAUCAGUCGGCUGAAGGCCACGAAUCAAGUGAAGGAAGGAAUGGAACAGUUCAUUGUCAACCAGUUAACAAGAACACAUGAUGUUCUGAAGAAGGCAAGGAGUAAUUUGGAGCCAAAAAGUCACCUUGCAUUUGCCUUCUACAACAGACCAGGAAAACUGAGCAAGGAUCUUUUGCAUGAACCAAUUACAUCAGAAAUCUCAAAACUUGGUUACAGCUGUCCCAGAAGCUGGAACUUCAUGAAUCCCAUAUAUCCUGAAGCAGAAGCAAGAAGUUUGGGUCAAAGUUCACUGUCUGGGAAGAAUGAAAGAUUUGGUCCCAAUCUGGUUUAAGCAGGCAAUGUAGCAAACUGAAGUGGUUACUUCUUUGCCCCUUUCAAAAAGAAACACACAAUAUUGGAAUCUUAUCCUACAAAAAUAAUUUAGUACAACUGCAUUUGAAAACAAAAGUAAAUUGCAUCUUUUGUGUUUCCAGAAAGAACUAUUCUACAUAAUCUAAACCCAACAGUGACUUCCUGGUGAUCCUAUAUAAAACAAUGAACAUUUGAUUAAUGUUCCUGUCUAAUGCAAACAUUUGAAAUAGGAAGUUUUGUACUUUGUGGGUAAGUUAUUCAUCAAAAAAACUGGGCAUCUUUUGUCCCCACAAAGGCUAUGAACCUUGUAGAUUUAUUUAAACUAUAAUCUUAAAGCUGUAAAGCCCAGUGAGAAAGGUUAAAAGUAAUAUAUUUUAGCUGUCUCAACAGAAAAAUCCUGGUCAAAUGAGCUACAUUGUUAAUAUAUAUUCACAUAAAUGCAUUUAUUGUGAAGACAAAAAAUAAUAUAUGCCAGAACAAGAAACAUUGAGCCUAAUGAUAGCUUUGGUGAAUAUUGUCCUUGUAUUUGAGUUUGUGCAAUUUAAAACAGAAAAAUAUACAUCCUGACAACAUCUGUUACUGAGUAGAAUGUUCACCAAGUAUAAUCAUAAAAAAGGUAUGUGCAAUAAGUUUGCCAUUGAGGCCAACUGCUGCAAUAUUAGCUUUAUCAAGCACUGGAGGAAGACAAAAUUAUAUUUAUAAACCUUAACAAGAGUAUCUAGCAUCAUGAACAUUGUUAUUUUACAGCUUUCUGAUUUAAUAAUGUAGUAUGGUGGGUGAGAGUACGGUGCAGAGUUAAAACUGGGCUGGAUUACUUGGUAUUUACUAUUGUAUUCUAUUAGAAAUAGUAAAUAAAUUUAGCACUGGUAUUGUUUUUGCCUGAGCGGCCUAUGCACCACAGCGUCAAAUAUGUGGUGUGUGUAUAUGUAUGCAUUUGUGUAUUUUACACACCCAUGCACACAUAGGAACAGGCUUAUAAAGAAUUGCUGCAAUUCAUUAUAUAUAACAAAUGCAUGUGCAAGGUCAUUCUGUGCAACGUAUAGAAUAAAUUUGUAUACACACAAGGAUAUUUGGGUUCUCUGUCUUUCUAUGUAUAAUUCAGACUUAUUGUGCAAUCAUGGUGCCAUUUUUCUAAUUACUGAAAAGGUAAUUAUCUUUUCCCUGCUUAAAAGUUGAGAAUUUUCUCCAUUAGGAUUCCCAAUCAAAAAUAAUGUUUCAAUGAAUCAUAUAAGUCCUUAAAACUGUUAAUCUGGGUUUCUUGGAGAAAAGCCUCUUCAGUAAUCAGAAUCUGUAUGUUUUGCCAAAGCUUUGAGUCGCAUGUGUUUUUAAUUUCUGUUUUGCAUGGCCAUUGUGUAAUUAAUGAAAUGAAAAUAAGCCAGGGAUCAAGUGGGACUGGGGUUGUUUGCCAAGAAAUUCACUGAAAAGGGCAGAAAUCCUUUUUCACUGUCUAAGACAAUGAUUGAUCACUGAUGUUUGGUAUAAACCCAUAGGGUUCCCGCAUUUAGUAGCCUGAAAACAGUUUAUUUUUAAACAUUACAGGUUACAAAAGACUGUAUGAUGCAACAGGUGUCCCUAUGGCACAGUUGUAUACUGUAUAAAGCGUAUAUACUGAUCAUUAUGUAGUGUUCCUCUUUCAGGCUGUAUAUAUUUUCCCCAUGUAUAUACAUUCAUUUGUAUGAUAGCAAUGUGUGUAUGACACAGUUCUGGGAAAUAAAGUGUGUUUCCGGGAUUGUUUUGGGAAAGCCAUUCUGUGGGAAAGGUGUGCAUUUAAUGUAUGAAAUAAUAGUUUGUUUUCAUUUCAUGGUCCAAAUAAUAAAGACAUUAAAUGUUCA